UUUUUUUUUUUUUGUGCAACAUUUCUAAUUGAUUGUGUGCGAUUUUACACGAUGUGAAAGAGAGCAACUUACCUGCACGGCCGACAAAAAAACCAAAAAAAAAAAACUAAAGGAUAUUAUGCGGUGGAAAUCUCCGUUUGCGUUUGGAAAGAAAGCGCUUUUUCUGUUGUUUUUUUCCGGGAAAAGAUGAACUGCUUCGGCCGGAGGUUUCGACGCACCUCUCCCGCGCGUGGCAGCAGCAAGAGCGAGCUGGUCCCCUCCAAGACCCCUAGGAUCAACGGGUGGUCGUGGCCCCCCCAGCCCUUGCAAGUGGUGGGGUGGCUGGUGUACGUCUACCUGGCCGUAGUCACCUUCGGGAUCUACGUCCCGCUCCUGCCUCGGCCGUGGAGCGCCGUGAGCUACGCUAUUUCGGGCGUAUCGUUUUUUAUCCAUUUUUUCACUAACAUUGCCACUGUGACCAUAGAUCCGGCGGAUGUCAGCGUUCGGGCCAAAAAGAACUAUUCCAGCCCUUUGCCUCUUUUUGACCGGGCAAAACAAGCACAUGUCAUCCAGAACCUUCACUGCUACCUCUGUGAUGUUAAGGUUUGCCCCAAAGUGAAACAUUGUGGAGUUUGCAACAAGUGCGUGGAAGGCUUUGAUCACCACUGCAAAUGGCUGAACACCUGCGUGGGUCAGAGGAACUACUGGUUCUUCUUUGGGGCGCUCGUCUCUGCCAUCCUCGCGGUCUUUAUGCUGCUUGUCGUCAUCUUGUUCAUAUUUGUUCAACAUUACCUGGAUCCGCACAUUCUGCGGACCGCGCCACAGUUUGACGCAAUGCUGGGGAACACAACGUGGCUGGUGUUUUUACCUUUAGCUCCAGUGGAGACGAGUUCAGCUGGUCUCCUUACAUUAGCCUUCAUAACGGUCAUGCUCUGCACCGUCUGCCUGUUGCUGCUCACUCACCUGCUGGGAUUUCACCUUUACCUGUUUUAUAAAGGCAUAAGUACGUAUGAUUAUGUCAAGAGGAAGCGACAGAACGAAGCCAGAAAACGAGACUCUGAAGCUAAAAAUUCCUGCCCUUCAAAACCUCAUAGCAGCACUCAGAAGAGCCACGAAGGAUCAAAUGAUUGCGAGCCAGCCUUAUCACAGAGUCCAAGUUUCUUCAACUUUCCAAACACGAGUCCACUCUCCAGCAGGCUGUCAGAGUCUAUAUGUACAGAGCUGGAAAACUUUAAGACGUCUGCAGAGAAAGAGAAUAGUUUUAAUUAUGGGACAGAAAAUCCCACAGAGAAUAACACAAGGGCAAUUUCUAUGAGUGUCAUCACAAGUAAGAAGCCUGAUAAGAGCGAAGAAGACCAGGGAACUGGUGAAACGUCCAUUCCUGUGGUACAGGACCCACUGGGCAGCUCAGUUAUGGCUCAGGAUCCCGCUAAAGACUGACCGAUGUCUGCAAAGAGAUGGACCAGGACCUUUUGCUCUCAGGAACAAGUUACUGCUCGGGUCAGAAUUAUUGGCACAUCAGCGGUGUAUACCUAGAUAGGUGAUUGUCUUCAGAAAUAAUAGCAACUAUAUUGAUUUGGCAUUAAGCAGGAUAGAUAAAUAAAAUAUGAUCAUACUUUUAAGCCUUGCACAUGUCACCAUGACUUGGUUGGAGAACUUCUGAAACAAAAGUCUUACUUUCGACUUGCUAUACCAUGUGGUGGUUCAUGAGAGCUAUAUGAAUUUUAGAUUAUUGUUUGGAUUUUAGCUCUAAGGGAAGUUUUGGAAGACAUUUCUGUUAUUUAGGACUGUAAUAAUGUGGCCUUUCUGGUUUCAGACAACCGUUUUUUAAACGAGUUAAGACCCUUACUUCAGAUUCAGUUGCAUGAUGAUAAAUAUCCUCACUGCCCAAAGCACCCAGUUCUUAAAAAGGUCUACCAUAGCCUCUAAAUUGUAUCUUUAAAAAAAGAACAGCUACUUACUGGUUGCAUUUUUCUCUUUUGGCCUUUAAAUGCUCUGCUAGCCCUUUUGGUUCUGUGAGCAUCACAGGCCAUCGACCCAAACCAUCAAUCCAAAUUUCCCCAGCAGUUCCUUUUUUUUCUUUUAUUCUCAACACUACACCUAACAUUAAAUUCUGCUUGCACAACAAAAUAGAUUUCCAUGCGUUUCGCUUGGAAUCUCUUGGCCCAUUGGGUGUUUUUCUAUAAGUUUUGAUAAACCUAAACGGUGAAGUAAAAUUAUAACUUCUGUUGCCUUUUUUGUUGGUCAUAUUUAAGUACUUUUAAAAUGUCUGUCCAAUUGAUCAUAAUUUGCACAAAAUAGGUGAAAUUAUUUUUUUUCUGAAGGUUUUCCACUAUGAAUGGUUACAUUUUAGGGGUGCCAAUAAUUCUAACCAGCACUCUGUUUGGAUACGGUAAAUGUUUCAUGAAACCACAAUUGUUUUCUGAAUAUAGACGAAGGAUGCUUUGGACCUCAAACCACGGUUUCACUUGUUGUUGAACAGAUUGCACAUAAAGUUUUUUUCAAAAAAAUAAUAUUUUUUAUGAAUGAUUGUUUCUUUUUAUUUAUUUUACUUGUGCUGUGAUUUUUUUUAACUAUGAAUAAAAUAUUUAAAGCUGUUUUUUUUAUCUGCCUAAUUCAUACAUAGA